AUCGAUUUUCCGCGCCCGCUAUCUGGGUUGCUACUCGCCAUUUUAAUACCGUUCCUCGAGGGCCCAUCCGACUGAGGUGUCGUAAAAAAUCCGCUUUCCGCCCCCCGUUUUUAUUUCUUUUCCCCACUUAGUUCCCUUACUUUUGCCAAGUGCGCGAGUCGUGAGCCUGUGCAUCCUAUGCGAACGUGGCCGUUCGAACGAUGAAAGUGUUGCGAAAAUAGUAUCCGAUCAUGUCUUCCCCAAGACUCGCACUUUAAUACAGUUGGAAUAACCUUGGUGGAGCAAAGAUGGCGCCGCCAGUAACGCGGGAGGCUGAAGAGGACAUAACUACCGAGAGGGCAGUUAUCGAUGAAGACGGUCCGACAGUGCCUCCCCCUGCAGUUGCAAAUAAGAAAAAACUAAAAGAAAUCACUAAAACUAUCACGGAAAUAUUAACCACGACAGAGGCUGAGGAGGAAGAUGAAGAUUACACAGGAACAACGAGUGAAGAUUUCGACUAUUCAACGUCGACGGCACCACCUCCGACGAAAGGAAUGGUCAAAGGCAUGGUCGACGACGGCGAGAAAAUAGCGAAAUCCGUUGCGCAAGAGGUUGGCCUCCCAACAUGGGUAGUCGUUUCCAUUGCCAUAGCAAUAGGCUUACUUAUUCUCGGUAUAUGUGGAUGCUGCAUUCACCGAUGUUUCCGAAAAAGAAGAGCCAAAGACAAGAAAGGGAAAGGUGUGGUAGAUUUGAAAUCUGUGCAGUUACUAGGGUCAGCUUACAAAGAAAAGGUUCAACCGGAUAUGGAGGAACUGACGGAAAAUGCAGAGGAUAUAGCUGAAGAGGGUGAGAAGAAGGAAGAAAUUAAGCUUGGAAAACUACAGUUUAAACUGGAAUACGACUUCAACUCGAACAGUUUAGCAGUGACGGUGGUUCAAGCAGAGGACCUACCAGCCCUGGAUAUGGGUGGCACCUCAGAUCCUUAUGUUAAAGUUUAUCUAUUACCUGACAAAAAGAAGAAGUUCGAGACAAAAGUACAUAGAAAGACGUUACACCCCGUUUUUAAUGAAACUUUCGUAUUUAAGGGCGUGCCGUAUGCGGAUGCGAUGAACAAGACCCUGGUAUUCGCCAUAUUUGAUUUCGACAGGUUCUCAAAGCACGAUCAGAUCGGUGAGGUGAAGGUUCCGCUGUGUCAGGUGGAUCUGGCGCAGACGAUCGAAGAGUGGCGAGUGCUCCAGUCCGUCGAGGGAGAAGGUGGUCAGGAUAACAAGCUUGGAGAUAUUUGUUUCUCGCUACGAUACGUACCGACAGCUGGCAAACUCACUGUUGUUAUAUUAGAAGCUAAAAAUCUAAAGAAAAUGGAUGUCGGUGGUUUAUCAGAUCCGUACGUCAAGAUCGCUCUGAUGCAGAAUGGGAAACGGCUCAAGAAGAAGAAGACUAGCAUCAAAAAGUGCACAUUAAAUCCUUAUUACAACGAAUCGUUUACGUUUGAAGUUCCCUUCGAACAAAUUCAGAAAGUAAACUUGCAAGUAACUGUUGUGGAUUACGAUCGUAUUGGUACGUCAGAACCGAUUGGAAAGGUGGUGCUUGGAUACAAUGCCAGCGGAACUGAAUUGCGCCAUUGGUCAGACAUGUUGGCCUCUCCUCGACGUCCUAUUGCACAAUGGCACACGUUGAAGGACCCCGAAGACGACAAGAAGGAUUAAACAUAAAGUAAUUCACGGAGCUGAAUUUGAUCUCCUCCAAUCUGUCUUUCGUUUCAGAAACCAACAGAUUUUAUUAGCCUGUCAAUGCUUAUAUAGUCUUCUCCAUUAUACUAUUUGUCUGGCAUUCGUGUAAGCAUAACCUAACAAAUUUUAUUGGGGCUAUAUAUACUUAAAAUCGGUUUAUCUGAAUAAGAAAAUAAUUUUGUUGUUUGGGGUGGACAUUGAGUAUAUAAUACUCUUAAUUUUGUAUUUCGCCGGUGUUGUUGAGGAUUCAUUUCGUAAAGUAAUAUCAGGAGAAAAACAUUCAAAUGUGCAAGACUUCUAAAUCAUUAAGAAAUGAUACUGUACUCUAUCGUAUAGAUUCUAUAUUUUGUAAAUAAGAAUAUAUUUUCAAUUCUAUGAAAAAAAAAAAUCUUUAAACAUUCGUAGAUAAUUUGAUAUGAGAAACAGAGAAGUAUGAAGCAUAUUAUCUAAAACACACCUUGUUAUUCAUUUUGUAAUUAAAAGAUAAUAAUUUAAUUAUAUAUUUGAUCUUUUUUAUUAUUAAUUGAUGUAUCAGCAUAGUGACUCUUUCCUUUCUCAUUUCCUGACUGAAUAUAUCUAAAAUUCAAAGGCAAUUCUAAAAGACAAAACAACCCUGACCUAAUGUCAUAUUUUGAAUGAACUUUGAUUCAUUCAUUGAGAAGAACAUGGGACAAAAAUCUUAAAAAUAUAAGAGCGAGCAAGUGAUAAAAUACUUUAAAUUCAUGUUGAUAACUUUUUCGUUGUGUUUUCAUCAAUUGUUGUUUUUAAGUAUUUGAUUCUGGAUACUUAUUCGCUGUCUUAAUAGUGGUAUUCUGUGCCAUUUGAGGGAAUAGAUCCGUUAACACCCCUGCUGGGAAAAGGAUUAUUGAGUUUCAUGUAUGAGAGCGAGAUAAUCUUAACUUUUUUAUUUUAUUCAAAUAUAUAGGAAAAAUAAAGACAUCAAUCCUCAUACCUUAGCAUAUUUUCUUUGGAGUAUAUCAUUUACAACACCCGUAAGAUAAUUUCGCUCAGAAUUUUCUUCGUUGCGUAAAUUUUAGAUCGGUUUGAUCUAUUUUGAAGCGGCGUUAUUACAUUUUUUUAUCUUUGGACAUAAAAAUAUUGCAUAAGAUGUAAAAUUUUAACCAUGUCAGAAAUUAAUUCUGACUUUCAGUCAAAGAAACUUUUAAAGUAAAAGUGACCUAUCGAUUUUUGUCACUGUUUUCAUUUCACUAUUUAUCUAACGUUCUUUCGCAAAAUUUCCUCUGCAAUAAUCAGGAGGAAAACCAUGAAUAAUUUUACGAUUUGAAGCAAAGUAGUAUCCCUUUUUAUGACGAUUUAAAUUCCGGAUUUUGUUGAAAGAUAGAGAGGAGUUAUAAGGGUAGAGGUUUGAGUUUGAUACCGAUGGCUACGAUCCAAAAAUCAGUAUCUCUGACUAUAACGUUGCAAGUUUCUGCCUAUUUUUAAUCAUUUUUAAACAUAAAACUAACCGAUAAUUUUUCUUGAACUUUUUUCUGCAUUUUUUCCGUCAUACGAAAAUAUUGACAGAAAAUUUUAAGGAUCAAUUUCAGUCAGUUUCACCAAAAAAAAUCAGAGACACUGAGAUAUUUUUAAGCCUUGCAUUAGAGAUACGUAUUUUUGGACUUUAGUCAUCGAUAUGUCGCGGCUCUUCCUGCCGAGUAUUUUUCAGGUACAAAUUUGUGUUAUAAAUGUGCAUAUCAUUUAUAGGUAAAAGAAUUAGGGUAAUGAAUUAAGGAACAGUUGCUUACUAUGAAAAUGUUAUUUGAAGAGGAGGACGGAGGUUUUUGGGUGAGUGCUUGCUGGAAAAAUCUAGAAAGAGAACGAGACACCGGAAAAAGUUCAAAAUAUAAGUCACCUACGAGUAGCAGCCCAUUUUAUCUCUCUAUUUAACAAGGUACAAAAUUUUCAUUAAAAAAGUGGCUCCGUCAAUCUGUGCAUCAUACAUUCGGCAUUUAAAAAAAUGAACAGGCUUAGAUAAACUUAGGUCAUUACAUUAAUGACUUCAGUUUUGAAACACUAAUUUUUAAACGAUCAGUGGAGGCGAAGUCAUUUGUUUCAAAGAAUUCGUCCGUCUGAAGCAAAGCUAAAAUCUUACUUAACUCUGGGUCAAAUAAUUUUUUUUCACAGCGUAUUUUGACGCACAUUUUGAUGAGGCCACAAGUUUGAUGUAUCUUGUUGAAAUGGAUAUGCACACAUUUCUCUGAGAAUGUGACUCUAUUGAAACACGCGAGAAGGAAGUUAGUGUCCUUACAACUCACUACUAUCAAUACCUUUGAUCAUCCACGAAACUAUUUAUUUUUCUUUUAUAACAAAUCGUUAAAGCCUCUGUUAUGUAAAUGGUUUAUUAUCAUUAUUUGAGGCGUUGAGUUCCUCAAAGUAUAUUCCACUGCAGCAAUGCUCGAAACUAUGGCAAGGCAAAGAAAAGAAGUAUUCAUAAUUUGGUCAAAAUAUUUUACGUCCUCCAGCAUGGAAUGAUUCUUUAGUAGUGCUCAGUGAGUUCCUCUAUUCGGAGCUGACUGGUUUAUAAAUUCUCCCAAUAAUCUCAUUGUCGUUUUUGAAAGUUUUGUAAAAGCAAUAUAAAGUGUUGCCUGGUCUUGAAUUUGUACUAUAUGUAAACUGUUUUUGUUUGGUGACAAGGAAAAUGAGUUUAGGGAAACUUGUUAUCGAAAUAUAUUUAUUAUAGAGAAAAAUGUGACCUUUUCAUAUUUUACUGCCACAGUAGAUACAUUUCCGGUUGCAUUAAAGAAAAAUACUUAUCGUAACUCAGCGUCUCAUAUUGUUUUACUCUGUAAGUAUAUAUUUCUUUUUUACUGAUGUAAAAAUUUUAUCUAAUACGAAGUUAUGGACUAAUAAAACAGCAACUUAUAAUGUGUAUGUGUAUUGAAUAUAGUUAGGCUUCUGAGAAUAUUUUUGCGAUUAUUUUACUGAAUACCGCGAUGAGAAGUUCAGGCAAGUCUCUUUCCGAGCGAAUAAAAUCUCAGUGACAAGUUGCACAAAUGAAUUAUACCUUUUUAGCAUUUUCCAUAUGUACGUCCAAAGCUUUUAGGCUGCUGAUUCAAAAUUCUUUUGUCUUCUGUGCUCUAAUUAAACACGUAUUCCCAUCCGGUGUUAAGGUAUUCCUUUCACUUGGAUACAAAACCGAUCCAUUAUGGAUCGAUCGAACACAAGCAUAUUAUGGUGAAUUUGUUUCAUCAAGGACAUGUUUUAUGAAUUGCGUUUCAUGUGGACACGCACUGGCACCAUACCUACAUUGUUUACCUUAAAAUAAAAAUUGAGUAAAAGAAAUUACGUUUUGGGGUGAUUAAUUUUGGAAGAUUUUUUUUUUUUAAAUCCCGAAUAUCUGAAGAAACAAAAACAAAAAUUGCCAACUUAAAAAAAACCCAGAAAAAAACGCAGUACUUAGAACAGCAAAGAUGUAUACCUUUGAAUGUAUUAUGCAACAAUUAUCGCUACUUUUUGAUGGUAUAAGUCAUGAUCACUCGUAUGGAAUUUCUCAGACCGUAUAUUUCAUUGAAAGAACAAGCGUGUAUGAUUUUACUGUUUUUAUUCAUCCGACUAAACAAUGCUUCAUAUCUACUGUGUGACUUGCCACAAUAUAAUUGCCAGAACUGAACUCGCAGGUAACUAACGAUGCAAAAGUGAACCCUCAAUAUCCGUCUGUUUUCAUUCAUGUAAUCAAAAUUUCACUGAUGUAGAUGGUGCUUGUCUGUAAAAAAAGAAAAUUAAUAAAAAUAAAAAAUUCAUUCUUACCCUCGCCGCACACUAGUCUAACUAAGAAGGAAUUGUACCUGUCAUGAACUGAUUGGAAUCAUCGUUCUACUCGGCCGCUGACAAGAGUCUAUUUUAAUUAGCCUAAAUCGCCGUGGCUACAUUAAGAAUUCGAUAACAGUAGGCCGAAUGGUUUGAGUAGAGCAUAGGAGUUGCUUUAAUCAGGGAAAGGAACCAAUUCUUCAGUAGUGUACGACACCAAUUUUACUCGCACGAGUAAAUGCGAGUUUAUCUAGAAUUGUAUUGUAUCAUAAUUUUUGGCUUUUAUGUUACUCAGUUACUAUAUUUUUCUGUGAGUUUUGAUUCAAUUUAGUAGAACCUACCAUCAUGACGAUCGACUGAAGUUCCAAUUGCAUUGAAGAGAACUGAGGAAUGGGCACACAAUUUCAUCCUUCCUUUCUUUCUUUUUUUAAUGAAUCACAAUUAUUUUCUUCCUCUUCUUUUUCAAGAAAGUGUCCCUAUUUUGGUUUUUAAUGUGAAUGUGUAGCUGGUACUUGCCUAUUCAUGAUCUUUCAGGAGAUAAAACCUUAGUUACAUGAGCAACCGUGGAUAACCGCUCCUUGCUUAAUGACGUCCACUUGGACGUCAUUAAGCAAGGCGCAGAGCGUCUCGAGAGAUUGGGCCGCAAAGCGGUCAAAGGGCGUACCCCGUAGUUUUACAAUGUACCCAGCUCUUAUAAAAUAAACAGUAAAAAUAAGAAAGAAAAAAAAAAUGAAUUAAAAUAAAUCGUUAACUGUUCCUCAUUGCUAUCGUGAAAUACAAAUCAAAUAAGAUCUGAAAAAUCAUUUACCAAAACCUACUGAGUCGACCCUCACCAAUUUCAAAGUUAGAAGUAGCAUCGAUCUGGUACAAGGAGAAAAAUUCGUAAUAAUUAUCAGAGGAACCCCGUUUUUCUGGUCUAAUUUUUCUAAAAAUCAAAAAAAGUUUCUUAUCAUGCCAAGCACUUGAAAUCUUACAGUGAUAUUAAAAAUUGUCUUGCCAUCAUGAAAUCGUUUGAUAAUUUUAUGUUUCAUUUCACAAAUUCUUUAUGACAAAAACAUUUUUCUGUGAUCGAGUUAACUUUUCUUCGUGUUCUGAUGAGAUGGAAUUUAAAUGGAGCUCUAUCGCUCAUUUUCUGUGCCUUUUUUGCAAAAAUUGCAUCCGCAGAAAAAAUAAAAAAGCCCAAUCCGAUGGCAUAUGUAUGGCAUAUAUGUUUUCGAACAAUUUGUUUCGGGUGUGCUCGUUGUACGUUUAUUUGAAUUGAUUGAAAUGAUUUGAUUGAAAUGAUUUGAAUUGAACGUGUAUUUGAAUGAACUGACAGCCUUCAACGUAAUUUUUGCUAUUUACGAAACCGGGGGCAAUUUUCUUGAAAUAAAGACAUUGUUGAGGGAAAAUGUCACAGUUAAAAUGUUCUCAUUAAAACAGAAAUAACCAUGAUCCUUUUCAAUUUCGGUUCUCUCGUUGAGUUUCUAACAGAAGAAAAUCAGCCUAAGCAGGUCGGUGUAGGUAUUUUUCUUUUUCAUUCUCCUUCCUUUUAAUUUUUUUCUUUUUGCAUAACUUUGUAUAAUGUUUGUCACCAUUUUGUAUUACUUACCUACAUAAGUUUGUUUUGAUAUUAGAUUACAAUGCAAAAGGCUCAUUCCCUGCAAAAACCAUUUUGUCGUCAUCUAAUAAUCAUGAUACAUAUGUGUGAUUCUUUUUUUUACACAUUUCUCUGUAUUUGUUUCUUAUUAUUAUCAUUUACGAUCGUUUGUAAGAAUAAAAGACCGCCUAAAUAAUAUUAUACCUGAAUAUGUCUGAUUUCAGCUUAUUUAAAACAUGUUCAAUCUCUUGGA